UAUGAGAAUGAUCGCCACCUCAUCGGCACGACGUUGGGACGGGUAGCUGGACGAAUACGGGACGCUCGAUACGCCAUCGACAGCCGGGAAUAUUUCCUGGCUCAGAAUGACCAUCCACAUCAUCGGAAUGGCGGGGCGAAAAGUCCGUUUAGUAAGAAAAUAUGGAAUUACACACUGCUCGAAGAAGGCAAUGGGGUUGUUUUCACUGUUAGAUCCCACGAUGGGGAAGAAGGUUACCCGGGUAAUGCCAACGUACAAGUUUCCUAUGUGCUCACUAAUCACAACGAGAUCCUGGUGCAGUUUUCAGCCAAUACUGACAAGUCAACGUUAAUGAAUUUGUCAAGCAAUUUCUACCUCAAUCUGGACGGCACUGAGAGUUCCACGCUCGACAAUCACAAUGUCCAAGUGACCGCUACGUCAUUCCUCGAGACGGAAAAGGAUGGCACAGUCACAGGAGAGAUCAUCGACCUGCCGUCAACCUCGCGAGAUCCUCAACCGAUCACUCGCGACAACGCCGAUUCUCCUAAGCCAGAUUUACUGUUUUGA